CCGAGGAGGCAGCAAACCUUCCGAAGUCGCCAACAGACUAACAGAACUUAGCACUCCAGUGUACACAGGUUACGACAGAGUAGACGAGUAUUAAAGACAAGAUGGUUAUAAACUCAACUUCACCGAUGGUCGUGGUGGCCAACAGACUCCCGUUCACAGUGCAGAAAAACCCAGUGACAGGGCAGAUGGAGAGGAAGCACUGUGCCGGCGGAUUAGUGACGGCCGUUGCCCCCGUUGUCGUGGAGACCAAGGGCUUGUGGGUGGGGUGGUCGGGCCAGCACCAGGAAGAUGGCGUUGUGGAGAUUCCCGAAGCCAAUCCCAAUGAUCAGUCACCUACAGCGGGGCUUAAGAGCUGGCAGGUGAAACCGAUGAUGUCGCAGAAAACUCUCUUUGACAAUUACUACAAUGGUUGCUGUAACGCUACCUUUUGGCCCCUCUUCCACUCUAUGCCAGACAGGGCGAUCUUCCAGCAAGAUAAAUGGGAGGCUUAUAGGGAAGUCAACGAACAGUUUGCAAAGCUGACAGUUGAGGCGGUACAGAGCUUAUCAAAAUCCAAUCCUGAGACCAUCCCACUUGUUUGGCUCCACGAUUACCACCUGAUGAUGGCCGCCAACAGCAUCCGCGAUAGGUGCGACAAGCUGGGCCUGCCCAUCAAGAUGGCGUUCUUCCUGCACAUCCCCUUCCCAUCGUGGGACAUCAUGCGGCUCUUCCCCUGGGACGACGAGCUCCUGCAGGGGAUCCUUGGCUGCGACUCCGUGGGCUUCCACGUGGAGGAUUACUGCCUCAACUUCAUCGACUGCUGCCAGAGGCGUCUGGGCUGCCGCGUGGACCGCGAGCAGAUGCUGGUGGAACACAACGGGCGCACGGUGUCGGUGCACCCUCUGCCCAUCAGCAUUCCCUACGACAGGUUCGUCAGCCUGGCAGAGAAGGCGCCUCAGGUGGUCAAGAACAACGAGCAGGAGCAGCUGUUGCUGGGCGUCGACAGGCUGGACUACACCAAGGGCCUCGUGCACAGAAUUCGUGCUUUCGAAACUCUGCUGCAGAAGCACCCUGAGCACAUUGAGCACGUCACAUUCCUCCAGGUUGCAGUGCCCUCCCGCACGGACGUCAAGGAAUACCAGGAACUCAAGGAGGAUCUCGACCAGUUGAUUGGCAGAAUAAACGGACGUUUCUCGACGCCCAACUGGUCGCCCAUUCGUUACAUCUACGGGUGUGUGUCUCAGGAGCAGCUGGCUGCUUUCUACCGAGACUCCUCGGUGGCUGUGGUAACUCCCCUGAGAGAUGGCAUGAACCUUGUGGCCAAAGAGUUUGUUGCGUGCCAGGUGAGCGAACCAGGUGUUCUUAUGCUAUCUCCAUUUGCUGGCGCUGGAACUUCAAUGCAUGAGGCACUGAUAGUGAACCCAUAUGAGACAGCAGAAUUUGCCGAAGUUAUGCACCGUGCCCUCACCAUGCCAAAGGAUGAGAGAGAGCUUCGAAUGCAGCAACUCCGUCAUCGUGAACGAGAACAUGACGUGAACUUCUGGCUUCAGUCCUUCCUCAAAUCGGUGGACUGUUUGGCAGAUAAUAAUCUUACACCUGGACGUCUCCUCCCAUUGAGGGAAGAAGACUUCAGCCAUUUCCUGGCCUCUUACGUCACAGAGUCCUCGCGAUUAGCUCUAAUUCUGGAUUAUGACGGCACCUUGGCACCCAUUGCACCUCAUCCGGACUUGGCUCAGAUGCCAGAGGAGACUCGCCGCGUUCUGGAGCGCUUGGCUCACAUGCCUGACGUUAAUGUGGCCAUCCUAUCAGGACGUUCAAUGCAAAACGUAAAAUCAAUGAUAGGAAUAGAGGGCAUUACUUAUGCCGGUUGCCAUGGCUUCGAAAUUCUUCAUCCAGAUGGAACUUUGUUCAUGCAUCCUAUACCUCAUGAAUAUGAGGUCCAGUUAGAACAGCUUAAGAAGCAGCUACAGGAGGAAGUAUGCAGAGACGGCGCAUGGCUGGAAGAAAAGGUAUCUGGGAUAACAUUCCACUACCGGGAGGUACCGGAGGACAAACAGCAAGCUAUUAUGUCACGGGCACAUGAAUUGUUCCUAGCAAACGGGGUUAAGGUCUACCAGUCUCCCAUGGCAUACGAGACACGACCCCCUGUUACGUGGGACAAUGGUCGGGCUGCCAUCUACCUUCUGCGCACGCUAUUUGGUCUCGACUGGUGUGACCGUGUUUCUACUAUCUUCGCAGGCGAUGACAUUUCAGACGAGGACGCCAUGCGAGCACUGCAAGGCAUGGCGGUCACCUUCAGGGUCACGACCUCCCCCAAUCUGCGCACGGCUGCCACCUAUCGUCUCCCCAACACAGACGCUGUCCUUACCAUGCUCAAGUGGGUAGAGAAGAGACUCAGUUCGCGGUUGCCUAUACCCAACGGCCUCCGAUCGCGAACAACGAGCUUUUCCAAUUCAAACAACCACUCCCCUCCUCAUGCCCCUUCUUCCCCGAGGCGAUCCAGGGCUAGUUCCAGCAGUCCGCCCCCAGAGCCGAACAAACAGGUGAUGGUCAUGCCCGACAAAGUGUACCAUCAGCUGAUUUCCAGAAAGAGUUCUCCUCCACGAAGCAGCGUGUCACCAGUGAGCUCUCCAUCUCGCUCUACAGUGUGAGCUUACUACCUACCCCUCAUAGGUCGGAGGAUGAAAGCCUCAAAUCAUGAGAGUUGAGACACUCGUAAACAGAAGCCACCUCAGACACGCAGCUUCGGUUAACUCUUCCAGAAGUGCGAGGACCACGGGCGUGAACGUCCUCUCUGGAGUACAAGGAGUAUAGGAGAAGUUUAUGCUUGACUCUAUCUACCUGCCAAGCACCCGGCUGCGGUUCCUGGCUUUUGUGCAGCUUUCAGAGGGAGUUCUAGUACAAAUAUAUAAAUAUUUUGAAUGAAGGGCAACUUAUGUCUUGUGAAUGAGUGAAUUGCAGUUAAUCCAGCAGUGAAGUGCUCACUUAUGGAACAUUGUGAAAGUGUUAGCGUAAGUAACAUCUGCUUUGUCUUCAUGCACUGGAAAAGGCAUAUCCAGUAUUAAUAGUUCACACUUUCAUUGCUUGUCAAUUAGCUUAAAAUGCUUCCGUUUCUCUUACCAUAUAUGCUGUUUUGUAGAGUGUUGGAUCGGAUCAUUUUAUUCCAUCUUUUGCAUUUGGUCCAGAAGAAAAUUUCCGCCAGUGCUGGAAAGUAAUGGACAAGUUUGAGAAAAAUAUAUAAAUUGAUUAAUAAAUAGAUAAAACAG